AUGGAUAUGAAUAUGGAUACGAGCACAAUGUCCAUGGCCACAACCACCGCUUCAGUGGCCAUGUCUAUGACUAGUUCGGUGGUGUCAAGCACAGCAUCUCCGUCGUCUGCCAUGUCGGGCAGUAUGGAUAUGGACGCUAUGUCAUCCAUGGCCAUGACAUUCUUUACUUCCGCGCGAACUCCGCUGUAUUCGACAACAUGGACCCCGAUCAACGACGGCCAGUACGCCGGUACUUGCAUUUUUCUCAUAGUGCUUGCUGCGAUUCUUCGCUUUAUCCUUGCGCUCAGGCCUAUCCUAGAGGCUCAUGUCUGGAACGACGGUGUUCGCAACAACAGUCACUUUUUACAUGAUCAUGCCAGAAUUGAACAACAACAAACUAGUGGUCCAGUCUCAAACUCGUUUUCCAAUGUCAAAAAUGAUAUUACCAGUCGUUGGUCAGAAUGGCGGGUCAAUCCUGCCGCUGGUCGUGCCACGUACGAGUUGGUCAUUGCUGGUAUUGCUUAUUUACUUAUGUUAGCUGUUAUGACAAUGAAUCAUCAAUACUUACACUUGGACGUUGCGGCCGGAGGACUAGCAAAGAACGCUGCGUAUGAUAUCGAAAAACCCGAAGCCAUAAAAAGGGCAAUGAUAGAAGAGUUCAGCACAUGGCACCCAUAUCAGCUCAGACAGUAUAUACUAUACGCCGAAGGCCCGGUAGCUCGACCAUUAUACAUGCUUCCAGUCGGAUGGAAAUGGCAAAGUCGUCCAGGAUUGACUUUGGUAGGCGAUGCGGCACAUGUUAUGACUCCUUAUGCCGGGGAGGGCGUAAACCUCGGGUUGCAGGAUGCAUUGAAGCUUUCUCAAGCUAUUAUCAAGGCAGCAGCACCAACGUCCAUUGACGACUCAGCGCUAGAAAACGAGGUCAAAGGGUUUGAGGACGACAUGUUUGUGCGGGAGAAGCGAACUGCAGAAUGCACUCUGGAUAUUCCUAAAUGGACCAUGUUCACUGAGGGGUCACUUGGUACUGUCAUAGAGCCAGUUGUGCUCCACAUUUUGUCGUUCAAUAUGGGCCCUUUUGCCUCGCUGUUCCUCUAUCCAAUCUUUGUGGUGGUUGUGUGCUCUUUUGUAUACUCAAGAUCUUCCAUUAACCAGUCUGCAAGACUUGCGUGA